CCACUGUCACAUCACCCCCUCACUGCCUCCUUCUGUCAGUCAUACCUGAAGCACCAACGUUCAUUCUCGCAGUAGUCAGUUUCAGCUUCAACUGGAAAGAUCGGCACUAUCCAUCAUUCAACUAAACAGCAACAUGUUCCUGUGGCACAUCAUCAUCCUCACGCUCUUCCUCCUCUGCUUACCUCGCUGCACUCUUCAGACGUGCACUGACGGGAAGCCCAAAGAGUGCCAGGAGGCAGAGUUUGUUCCAGGCUCCAAUUUGGCGGGAGAAGGCUUCGACAUCACAAAAAUGGAGCGUAAGGGGGCUUUUGUGCUCGACAUGAACCAAUGGAAACGCAAGGAUAAGGCUUGCACCCUGUGCAGUAACCCUUAUAUGGAGAUGAAAAAGCAGAAGUUACCUCUAUCUGUGGUGGACUGGAGGGCGAAGCAUUCCUGCAGCGGCAAAGUGUCCAGCAAACUUCACAAAUCCAGCGAGUCUCUGGUUGAGUCCAGCACCUCUUCUGUUGAAAACAACUGGAAGGUGGAUCUGGAAAUGGAGGUGACUGACAAAAGCGGGUCGGUGAUGCUGGCUGGAACCAACUCUAAACUGGCCGAAUACGCAAUGGAAAAAACCAAAAAUGACAGGUUUAGCUUUUCUACUAACAGUAUAACCUGUGAGUACUACAGCUACAGAGUGUCGAGCCAUCCCAGGAUGCACCAAGAGUUUCGUAAAGCCGUCAGAGAGCUCCCCAAAGUUUACACCCAAGAAAACAGGAAGAUAUUUAACAAAGUCAUCGAGAAGUUCGGCACCCAUUACAUCACGAAGGUGAAGCUGGGGGGCAAAGUUAAGACUGUGACCAGCAUCAGGCAGUGCGAGGCCAGCCUGCAGGGUCUCUCUGCCGAGGAGGUUCAAAUGUGUCUGGAAGCGGAGGCGUCCGCAAACGUCAAAAUGAGCGCGAAAACAGAAAUGAAGCACUGCAAGAAAGAUUCCAACAAGCUGGACAACAAGCAAGCGUUCUCAGACUUCUUCACAGACAGGCUGACAGAAAUCAGAGGCGGUCAUACCACAGAACCAGACCUUCUGUUCUCUGCUAAAAAAGAUCCAUCAGCCUACAAGGAUUGGUUGAGCAGCGUGCCGCAGUAUCCCGACAUCCUCUCAUACUCCCUCGAUUCCCUUCAUGACUUACUCAGUCCUAAGGACCCUGUCAGGAAAAACCUGCGCUCUGCCAUCCGCCAUUACAUCCUGGAGAAAGGUCUGUGGAAGAACUGCAGCCAACCCUGCCAGGCCGGUAUCAAGAGCGACUCAAGAGAUUCCUGUGUCUGUCUGUGCCACAACGAGCCCGCUGUAAACUCGGACUGCUGUCCAACUCGGAAGGGCAUGGCCCGGGUCAUCAUUACAGUACAGCGAGCCUUGGAUCUCUGGGGGGACCACUCCACCCCCACAGACGGCUUUGUGAAGGUCCUGGUCAACAACCAGCAGGUUCAUCGUUCUCCUGUCAUCAACAACAACAACAAUCCACACUGGGAGAACAUCGUCGACCUGGGCUCAAUGGAUUUGUCUUCCCCAAAUAUCAUCCGCUUUGAAGUUUGGGACCAGGACAGUGGCUGGGACGACGACCUGCUGGGAGGGUGUGAGGAAAUUCUGACCGCCGGGACAAAAGAGGAUGUGUGCACUCUGCAGCACGGCCGAUUCUACUACAAAUGGGAGGUGAAGUGUGCUCCAAGUCUGGGAGGAAAGUCGUGCACGGACUAUGAGGCUUCCCCGAUGAAUCAAAGCCUGAGGAAGAUGUACACAUCCCGACACGCUCACCCUAUUCCAGAGUCCAUUCUGUUGAAGAUGGGUGUAUUUGUGGAUAAAGAUCGCUCAUCCACGAAUCUCACUCACAACCUCAACUGAGGGCUAAACAGCAAUGUUAUGUGUGGCUACCUAUCCCCACCAGAUUGCACCACAGCGGUCCAGUCAAUGAACAUCCAAUCAUGAAGUCUUUCAUCAAUCUAACAAGACAUCUCCACCAAGAUUUGCUCAGCUGGAAGACAACACUUUUCUAUUUCAAUCUUUGUUUAAAUCAACAUUGGUACAUAUCGAGGGUCCGAUUCCCAUUACAAACUCACCACCCAUGCCUAAAAGUGACUUCCUGACGAUGUUUUCAGCUUUUGUUGCUCACAUUAGCUCCCUGUACCCAAACAUUAUCCAUCCGCUUGGACAGUCCUGCUAAAAACUGUAACCUGCCUGCAGACAUCGACAACACACCCACUCCUUCCGUUAUAAUAAAACACCUUCCCAUUUCUCAUAAUUAGAUAUUUUCUAAAGUAAUGGUUCUCAUUUGAAUCCCAUUUUGUUUCUAAAACGUACAAAAGAUCUGCACCGGCAUUAAUAAUUUCCCUCCGAUCAUCUUUUGAUCUAUUUUCAGAGCGUUCCCAAUUGUCUUUUAAUUAUGAUUGUUGUUUUUAGCCAAAAAUUAUUUUAAAACAGUCAUGUUCU